CAGGCUUUCAAAGAACUAAUGCUGCUGUUCCAUUUCCGCCAAGUCACCGGCUGACAGCAAAGGAGGUGUUUGAUAAUGAUGGGAAGCCUCGUGUGGAUAUCUUAAAAGCACAUCUCAUGAAGGAGGGCAGGCUGGAGGAAAGUGUCGCAUUGAGAAUAAUAACAGAGGGUGCUUCGAUUCUUCGACAGGAAAAAAACUUGCUGGAUAUUGAUGCCCCAGUCACAGUGUGUGGGGACAUCCAUGGACAAUUCUUUGACUUGAUGAAGCUCUUUGAAGUGGGAGGAUCGCCUGCCAACACUCGCUACCUCUUCUUAGGGGACUAUGUUGACAGAGGGUACUUCAGUAUCGAAUGUGUGCUGUAUUUGUGGGCCUUGAAAAUUCUUUACCCCAAAACACUGUUUUUACUUCGUGGAAAUCAUGAAUGUAGACAUCUAACAGAGUAUUUCACAUUUAAACAAGAAUGUAAAAUAAAGUAUUCAGAACGUGUUUAUGAUGCCUGUAUGGAUGCCUUCGACUGCCUUCCCCUGGCUGCACUGAUGAACCAACAGUUCCUGUGUGUACAUGGUGGUUUGUCUCCAGAGAUUAACACUCUAGAUGACAUCAGAAAAUUAGACCGAUUCAAAGAACCACCUGCUUAUGGGCCCAUGUGUGACAUCCUGUGGUCAGAUCCCCUGGAGGACUUUGGAAAUGAGAAGACGCAGGAACAUUUCACUCACAACACAGUCAGGGGGUGUUCAUACUUCUACAGGUACCGCAUGUACAGGAAAAGCCAAACAACAGGCUUCCCUUCUCUGAUUACAAUUUUCUCAGCACCAAAUUACUUAGAUGUGUACAAUAACAAAGCUGCAGUGUUGAAGUACGAGAACAAUGUGAUGAACAUCAGACAGUUCAACUGCUCUCCCCAUCCGUACUGGCUCCCAAAUUUCAUGGACGUUUUCACCUGGUCGCUGCCGUUUGUGGGGGAGAAAGUGACUGAGAUGCUGGUAAAUGUCCUCAACAUCUGCUCAGACGAUGAGCUGGGGUCAGAGGAAGAUGGAUUUGACG